AUGUCAAAUAUAUGUCCGCGUUUGAUAGACUAUUUUGUACUGAUUGGCUCGCGAUUACCUGGGAACGCAUACUCAGUGCAGUCUCCCGAGAUUCUUUGUCGAUUUCCUCCCACAAACCACAAGGAUUUCCCUCUUCCUACAGAUGUGUCUUUCUUUUGUCAGCCAGAAGGAUGUAUUAAUACUUCCAGCAACACAUUCCCUAUAAAAUCUUUGGAUAAUAACCUUAGCGGUAUAAAAUCAAUGACAUUUUUAUUUUCGCUAACUGAUAAGGAUUCCAGUAAAACACGGUAUGGUAUAUGCACCAACUUCUUCAGACCAGUCAACCUUAGAAGUUUGAGUAAAACUACAUAUCCGAAUGGCAGGGAAGGCACACAUUUUGGCGACGUAUCUGGUAAUGGACCAGUUUCAUGUUCGAAUGAAAGUAUCCAGGAUAAAUCCUUACCAUCUGGAAAACUAAAAAAUACAAAUAAUGUCUAUAGCUUAACGUCAAUCUGUUUAAUCACUCAUUAUCCUUUUGCUACAACGUUUGCACGGCUUGUGCAAUGUGUACAUGUAAUUUUAAAGAAGCUACACAAACUGUCAAAACCCAGCUGUGUGGAAAGUCCAGAUAUAUGGGAUGUAUUGACAAGUAAUAUUACACUAUCAUGCUCUUAUCCUGUUGUGGAAAGCACACGUCAGUUCCAAUGUUGGAUUCUCCGGCUUCUCAGUGCACCAGCACCAAUUCCUGGCUGUACAUGUGUAUAUCUUUCAGUUCAACCGCAAACCUUAGGUUCACCUUUGUGUUUUGCUCUUCCUGAUCAAUCACGUCUUCCUUUGGUUGAUUUUCCUGUGAAUCUGCCUUUUGAAAUUAUGGGUAUCAGGAAAACUUUUCGUUUAAUUAUGUGUCUUCUAUUGGAACAGAAAGUGGUUUUACAAUCAUCUGAUUAUAACAAGUUAUCCUUAACAAUUUUAUCAUUGGUUGCAUUACUCUAUCCACUUCAAUAUAUGUUCCCAGUCAUUCCUCUUCUACCUGCAUGUAUGCCUGAUGCAGAACAGCUUUUGUUAGCGCCUACACCCUAUUUAAUCGGUGUUCCAACAGCAUUUUAUACUGCACGGAAAAUUUUUCGUAUGCCUAAAGAUGUUUGGUUAGCUGAUUUGGAUACUCGUGAAUUAUCUUAUCCUAUGGUGGUUGAUGAAAUACCAGAGUUACCUGAAAUAGAAAGUAACAUUCUUAUUCAUCAUUUAAAAAAAUUACUUCACGAAUUUUCAAGUUCACCUCAUAUUGAUUUGGAUUUAGAUGAUUCUUCGAAACAUUGGCCUGUUUCUGUAGCACGUACAACUGCAUUUGAGUUAUCGAAAUUUGAUCCUUUAUUGUAUACACUCACAAAAGAUUCUAUUGAUGUCGGUAUACGUGUAUCUAUGAUUCUCUUCUUCAAUACAAACAACAUUCUAGGUGGAUUUACUAAUCAUAUACGUACUUUACGAUUAUUUCCUCGGCCAGUCGUUGCAUUUCAGUAUGAAAGUUUUAUGAAGUCUCGUCCAAAGCCAUGUUUGUUUACUAGCAUGCUUGCAAAAACUCAGGCUGUUGAAUAUUUUGCUGAAUCUUCAAUUUGUGCACUGAAUGAAGCCUAUCAACGUAUCUGUUCAGGAGUUUAUUCCACAGAAUUGAUUGGUGAUAAGUUAUACUGGUAUAAAAAUCAAUUAAAACCAGUCUAUUUUGAUUGUUGUGACAAAUUAAUCGAGUAUGCCAAUGCUACAGCCACUAAUACACCCAUAUCAAACCAAUCAUCUCCCAGGCUUAAUCUAUCCUUAUCAAAUUCCAACCAGUUAAUGUUAUUUCAAGCUUUUGAAUUAGCAAAACGUAUCAUAAAUAGACGAUUUUCUGAUGAUAUAAGUACAGAGAUUGAUACAGAUAGCAUAAAUAAUGAUACGAAUAAUUUAUCGAAUGAUACUCAAACCAAUGAUUUUAUUGGUAUGUUUAAAACCUAUUCCGAUGACUCUGACUCAAAUCAUUCUUAUGAAACCGUUGUGUCAAACCAUACAAUAUCGAAAGAGAUGGAAGAUUGUAUUUCAGUUCAAGCAAAUAAACCAUUGCCUGAUUGUCUAACUGAAUUUUACACUCCACCAACAGAGUUAUCUAUCAUUGGAAAAUGCCGAAAGUACAUUGUCGAAUUUCUGGAGUCAAUCCACUCUGAUAACGUCCGAUCCAGGAAUAUUAACGAACAACUGAUAAAUACGAACACUAGAAUACAGUCUUUAGGAGUUCCUAAUUCAGAAAGUGGUACUCUAACUAGAUCGUCAUCAAUUUCAUCGAGACGUUCGACAAACGAUACUUUACAUCUUGUAUCUCGUUUAUCCUCCUCUAUUUUUGUGGGCAAUGGUAAUGAUUCGAAAAAAAGCUCUAGAGUUACAUCAAAUAAUUUUGGUGAUGAUAAUUUGAGUUGGGAUACAUCUGUUACUUUAUUAUUUGGUGAUUUGUUAAAAUCAAACCGUCUUCGAAGUUUGGCAUUCAAAGAUGUUCCUCUUUCUGCUUUACAAAUACAUAAAAAACGAUUGGAAAAUGAACGUACAAUCAUUGAUUUGUCAAAAUCCAUUAAACAAGGUCGAAUACCAAAUAUAUUUUCACGUAAUCAAAUUAACACAUUAUUACAAGAUGAGAAUUAUCGAAAUCUGUUAAUUGCUCGUAUAAAUGAUAAUCUCUCAAAAGAUGUCCUACCAAAUCAAUUGCAUAUUGAUGAUGUGCCUAUUCAACAGUGGGAUCAAUAUAAAGCAAUUUUAUGGACGCUUAAACAAAUGAUCAACGGUUUAGAAUAUAGUUUUCGACCGGAUAUUGUAUUCCCAACUACAAAUCAAUAUGAUCGCAUUACUAGAGAUAAAUCACCAUCGUCAAAUAUUCCAAAUCCAUUGAGUAACACUAGUUGGUUAUCCUAUUCUACUGGUAUUUUGAAAAGUGGUGGUUUGGCUUCAGCAUUUAUGCUUAUGGAAGUUGCACAUACGCAUUUCUAUCGGUUGCCUAAUCGAACAGGGCACAUAGAUAAUAAUCAUGAUGAAAAAUUCUUUUGGAAUAGCAUGCCAACUACACCCACAACGGAAUUGAGAUCACCUAUACCAGCAAGAAGAUUAGUUGGUAAUGAUAUUUCUUCAGUUCGAUAUCAAAAUAAUCAAUUAGAUUUAUCGGACUGUGAAUCAUACAGUAGAAAAGGUUCAAAACUAGAGUUAUUUCGUGGUCAUGGUCGUCAUCAAUUCACCAAUGUUAUUGUUACAAUGAGUGAACCAUCAUCGGAUAGAGAAGAUAAUGAACAAAUUCAAUCAAAACCUAUAUUUAAAUCAGAUAGUACUGAUAUUAUUAAACACAAUAUUCAACCAUUGAAUAAUGCAAACAACACUAUCAAUGUUGGUCAUACUGGAAGUUGCAUUACAGUGAAUCGACAUAAUGAAUGUGAAAAAUUCGAUAAAUUGUUUGCUUCCGAUGCUAAACUACAUGAAUCAAUGAGUAAAUUAAAACCACAUCGUGAUAAUGAGAAUGGCGUCAACGAUGAUGAUAUACCGCCAGAUUAUGUACCGGAAUUGCCUAAUCGUAAAAGUCAACGAAGUUUUGGCUACAGAUAUUACCAAUCACACUUAAUUUUAACGGAUCCAUCAAUCACAUCUAGUUCAUCUGAUGUUACAGACGAUCAGACCACAUGUACAAUAUUUACUUCUUCACCGAAUACAUGCACACCACCAGCAGUUUAUCGUCCUGACUUAAAAUUUCAUUUUAAUGAUACUGAAUCAGAAAAUGAAGAUAUAGAUAAUAAACAUCAACAACAAAUAGAGAUAGAACAACGAAGAAAACAAUCAGAAUGUCAUAUGUGUAAACUAACUUUGCUGAUACCAACUCCACCUCCACCAAAUUCAUCAUCAGUCAUGACAGUAUCUCCAUCUAAGAUGAAGAAAGUACCAUGGACUUACUUAUUUGAAGAUAUUUUCGAUACUGAAUGGCAUAAAAGUAAAAUAUUGGGUAAUCUACAAUUUUGGGAAGAUUCCUUUUUAGAUACAGUUGCACAGGAACGAGAUAUACUUGGUAUGGAUUUUCGACCAAAAGAACUUUUAUUAAAAUAUCAAAAUGCUUCUUUAUUGAAACGUAAACAAAUGGAAUUAGAAGAAGAUUGUUUAUUAGUUAAUAUAAUGCAUAAUAUGAUUGCAUUUAUGCUAAUGGCUAAUGUGGAUCGUAUAUCUAUACGUAAAAAAUUACAACGUUUAUUAGCUAAAAGUCAUACAGGUUUACAUUAUUCACGAAAAAUUAAUGAUUUAUUAAAUUCAUUGAAUUAUUUGAAUGGGAAUGAUAUCGAUUUAAAUGUGGCUCAAAGUCGUUUUAUUGUACAACGUUCACAUGAAGCCUAUCGUGGUUCAGAUGAGAGCGGUGAACUAAUAUUUCUUGAAGUUUGUUCUGAUUAUCUAUUAAUUCGUAAUUUAUCUGGACGUAUAUUAGAACGUUUAUGGUAUGAUCAAGUGAUCAAUUUAACGUAUAGAUCACAUACACAUAUAUUAUGCAUUACAAGACAAAUAUUUGAUCAUUCACAAAUGGAUUUAUUUUAUACUCGUAAAUCUCGUUUAGUUUAUCAACAGAUCAAAGAAUCAAUGAAAAAUAUAUCUGUAGAAGCUUCACAUGGAAUAUUAAAUGGUGAUUUGAACGAUGGAUUCGUUAUUAAAUUCGGUGAUGAGCAGAAAUUUAUCAAAUUGCAUAAUAUUAAACGUUGUUGUACAAUAAAAUCAGAAAUAUUUACGAUUGAUGUCUACGAUCAAGAGAAGAAAGCAAUGAUCACUUAUCGAUUUCAAACGGAUAUGACAACUCAUUUAUUUCAAAAUUUUGUAUCACUUUUCUCAAUGUCAUCAUCAUCAUCAUUUAAGUAA